AUGGCAUUGGCGAACCUCCGAAUGGCAAUCAGACUGGCAUCAGACUGGCGGAAUGAACUUCGUGGAGGUGACGAAGUCGCAGAAGAGGCUCUUUCGAUGGUUUUGUUACCCAACAUAAGGUGGCUAGACCCCGGAACUUCCUCGCCAGAUUAUGGAUGCUAUAUUCAGGAUCUUUGGCGUCAGUUGUUAGGAUCACAAUCGGAUAUCAAAGUAGAGCAGCAUGGACAAGAAGAAGAUAUCAAAGUCGACUUUUUGUCUCAGAGCGGAACGCCGUCUAGCUUGUCACGCCUUGAGUACUUCUCUGCUAGGGUCGACGAGCUGGGAAACACGUAUGCGCCAAAAAUCAGCUCAGUCAGCGAUAUCUUGACUAUACCUUCAAUUAGAAGCUUCUAUGGCUUUGGCCUCCAGGAAGAGGAGUGGAGCCACAACACUCAACCACCAUUAGGGCAACUCAAGCACCUGUCACUUGACGAGUGUAGUAUAUCAGAGUCUGUCCUGGUACUUCUUGUGGAUUCCCUUGAAGCACUCGAGUCUCUAUACGUCACAUUUUCGUACUGCACCUAUGAAAUCAGCCUUAGCAUGUGGACCAUAUAUGCUCUGGCUCGCCGUAAGGAGACACUCAAAAACUUGAGUCUGUUUCUCCCGAAUGACUCUGAACCGCGUGACAGAAAUGAGCUGUUCAUCAAUGCUCCCUUUGAUCUACGUCUACUCGCAAGCCUCGAAACGCUUUCCAUCGACUAUGAUAUUUUGUUUCGCGAACGCAACUCGGAACCAGACCACCCGGACAUUGUGAAGCUCCCGCACAAUCUUCCAGAGUCUAUGGAGCAGCUGAACAUUAGGAACUGCCGGCUUGACGAAGACAUGGCAGAACGUGCUUCUCACUUGAUCACCUCGAAGAGGAAAUUCAGCAAGCUCAAGUCACUUGGAAUCCACUUCAAGACUCUCGAGCCAGCGGACGAUUUGGAGAAGGAUGAAUUGUCCCACCUAUCGCUCGUGGUUGGGAUCUUUGAGGCUUUGAGGAUGAAGCUGAAUAUCUUUUCAGACGAUGAUAAGGUCAUAGUCUCGCACCCAAUGUUUGAUCCGAGCAAUCGUCGUAUCCGCGACGAAGAGGAAGAACGGUCCGACGUGUCAGAUUCUGAGGAAGGCUCAUGGGAAGGUGAGAGCCACGAAGACGAAGAGUUGAGCGAGGAUGUCAAUAAUGAUGAACAGGGUAGAUACAAUCUGAGGCCAAGAUAA